GCGCGCCUCGCCUCUGUCGCCAGUCGCCAGCCCGCAGCCCGAGCGCGACGGACGGAGCUCGCAGCCCGCACCCGCGAGGCCGAUACAUACGCGAUUGUUUGCAACAUAUUUAACGCGUACGCGACUAAUGCAACUUAUCUAGUCGGAUAACAGGGAAUUAGUCUGCUCGCGUCGUAUUUCAAAACUGUGAUGUUUGUGCAAGUGUGGCGCUUUCGAGCGUAGUUCGUACGUGGCCAUGGGCUCUAGUUCCUACUCGAAGGGCCCUCCGCGAUCCUGACAUAGCAAGAACGACAGCACGUUGGCAAGGAAAGCCACUUACCGCGGCUACAUCAGCCCAGAAAUUACCUCCCGUCUAAAUUGAAACGUUCUAUCACAUCGUAUACUGUGAUCUGUGACUAUAACAAGUGCAAUAAUAUACUUUAGUGCAAUCGUUUGUACUGUCGACUGCCAGUGAAGUGAUUUGUUGUUGUAAUUGUGGUGAAAUUAAUUGUGGACAAUGGAGCGUGAAUCAAAUCCCAUGGAGGCGUUAUGCCGGUCGGGGUGUGGCUUCUAUGGAAACCCUUCCACAGACGGACUCUGCUCAGUAUGUUUUAAGGAGGCUCUAAAGAAGAAGCAGCAGCCGCCCGCGACAACGCCGUCGCCGGUGGCGGCGCCGUUCGUGCCGGCCGCGCCCGCGCCCGCGCCCACCCCCGCGCCUGCGCCCGCGCCCACGCCGCUGGCCGCCGCCGCGCCCACCGUGCCCAGCCUGGCCGCCCAGCCGCAGCAGCACACAGAUAAAUUGGAAGAGGAAAGCGGAGCGGGCACGAGCGGCGCCAGCACGACGUCCGACACGGACGCGGACGACAAGGACCCCAGCAAGGACAAGAAAAAGAAGAACAGAUGCGCCGUCUGCCGCAAGAAGGUUGGACUUACAGGGUUCGAGUGCCGCUGCGGCGGGCUGUUCUGCGCCGUGCACCGGUACAGCGACAAGCACGACUGCUCGUUCGACUACCGGGAGCUGGGCGCGCAGGAGAUCCGGCGCAACAACCCCGUCGUGGUGUCGCAGAAGAUACACAAGAUAUGAGCCCACCAUCCCGUCUAUCCUUUACUCUAAAUAAACUGUCGAUCGAGUUUGUGUCUCUCAUUUACGUAUGUAGAUUGACCGGCGCAGGCCGCGCCGCCUAGUAUUUAGUUUACCGGAUUCUUCGACUUCCUUUUGACGGUUUUCGGACAGAAUUGAUCGUAAAUGGCAAUUUUUAACGGUAAAUAGGACGCGCAGACUCGAUCCAUCUAAAUUUAGAUUUAUUUGUGGCGAGAAUUUUACUUUUAAAUUUUUAUUAAAAGUUGUAGAUAAAGUUCAUUUGGGUAGGAUUUCAGGAUUAAUUUCGAGAUACGAGUAGCGUUUUGAAUAUUGUCCAUUCACCUCCAUUGUAAAUAUUAGAUAUAAUUAAUUAUAGAAACAAAUCCUAUAUAUUGUAAAAAAAUUAAAACUCCAAAAAAAGCUACAUUGUUAUGAUUCCGACGGAGAGCAUAACGUGCUUAACAUAUACGAAGUAACAAUUGUUAGCUGCUCAGCGAGCGGCGGGAGUCGCUCUCGUGUAUAUUGUACAGAAGUUAGCGAUACUACACAACGACCGGCGGCACCGGUGUGCACCGCGCGGUACACGGCGAUACUGCGACCGGCCGCGCACGCCCGCGAGCCGGAACGUCUGAGGAGCGUUAGUACUGGCAUUUCGGUUUGGGAAGUCGUCGCUUUCUUAUUUGUCUAACAUUGGCGUAAGUGACUAGUGUUUAGCGAGAUUGUGGUGUGUAUCGGAUAAGGCGAGCGUGCCCGAGCCGGCCGCGUCGGCCGCGCGACUCGUCGGGCGCCGCGACCGCCGCAGUCGUGCGACUAGUCGGGCGCCGCGACCGCCGCAGUCGUGCGACUAGUCGGGCGCCGCGACCGCCGCCGUCGUGCGACUAGUCGGGCCCCGCGACCGUAGUGUAUAGAUUUUUUCACCAAAAUCGUUAAUUCCGUGUAGCAAACUUUCCAUCGCAUUUUUUCCCACAAAUUUUUACCCAUACCCUUUUUUGUCAUUCGCUUAUAUCCGUAUUCUCAAAUUAUCGCAACAUUUUUAUUAAUAUUCCACGGCGUCUUUUUCGCAUAUUUUUUAUUUCUUAGGCGAUAACAUUACUAUUCUUUAACGUUCUUGGGUUUAAUUUUUGUAAUAGAAUUUUUAGCUACGUGUCACUCUUCACUCUUGCUAUCUAUUUCAUAUUUUUCUGAUGUCAUAUAGGUACCUUAAUACUUUCUUGUCAUCAAUAACGUUGUACCGGGACAAAUUGUGGCACUUAAAAAAACUGGCCAAGUGCGAGCACAUCACACAAUUAUUCUUAUUUUAAUUUAUUACAAACGUGAGUGAAACAUCUUUAAAAACCUGCAGGGGCUGUAGGGAUCAGAUCAAAAACCAGAUAAACAGAAAAGUUUCAUGACGCGGUGGCUUAUAUCUCUGCAACACUAACAUCUAUAUGCAUAGUUUUGAUAUAGAUAUUUAGAGAAAAGAUGCUAUUACUCAGAAUUGAAUGAUCGCUGACAUAAGUGGCGCUGAUUUUGCGCUAGUAAAGACGCAUUCUGAGCUAUAAAUGACCCUAAUGCGCGGUGUUUAUUUUAAUGAUUUACAUGGACCAUUGACGGAUACCUACAUUAAUACAACAAUAAAAUAAUUAUGUAGGUACGUGGGAUUAUAACAAGCUAUAAAAAUAAAAAUGUGGGAUUUUACACAGAUAUUUUACGAAAAUAUCUAGAACCGGGUAUGUCCUUAACCCUUUUCCAGGCAUAGUACGAUUUAUCAACCACAUACGCGCCAAUAGAAUUUCAACCUUAGACAUCCAAUUUAAGGUUCAAAUUAUAUUGCACUUUCGGAAUAUGUACCUAGUCUUCAAAUGAAUCAUCAAAGCUGGAUUUAUUGGAAUAUAUUUGAUUUUUUUGGGAAAACCUUGUAGAUUGUGCGGCCUGGAAAAGGGUUAAACUACGUCCAAAAGGGAGGUAUGUGCACUGUAAAUAUCAUCUCGCUUUGUGUGGUAGGGAACAGCACAGCGGAUGCCACUCCAGAUCUAGAGCAGAGCCCAACUGGGGAAGAACCUCCACCUUACGGAAAACCGCAGCCAAAUAACACUAGAACCUACUCAUAGUAUUGUGUUCCUGCCGGUGAGUAAGGUUGCCAGAGCUCAACGAGGGUACGGGUGAUCAUUUAUUUACAUUUCCGUCUUUGGGUCACUUACAUAUGUGUAUCAAAUUUCAACUUAAUUGGUCCAGUAGUUUCGGGGCAAAUUGGUUGUGAGAAACGGACAGACAGACAGACUGACGCACGAGUGAUCCUAUAAGGGUUCCGUGUUUUCCUUUUUAGGCACGGACCCUAACGGCUUGGAAAAUAUUAAUUAUGAUAAAUAUUUGACCUAAGAAAUAAAAAUGUUGCGAUAAAUGUCAGUAGGUAAUAUUUGACAAUAGAGAAACAAGCGAAUGACAAAAAAGGGUAUGGGUAAAAAUUCGUGUGGGAAAAAUUGCGAAUGGAAAAUUUGCUACACGUAAUUAACGAUUUUGGUGAAAAAAUCUAUACACUCCGCGACCGCCGCAGUCGUGCGACCGGUCGUGCGACUAGCCGGGCGCCGAGACCGCCGCAGUCGUGCGAUCGGUCGUGCGACUAGUCGGGCGCCGUGACCGUCGCAGUCGUGCGACCGGUGGCGCGACAGUCGGCGCGAUGCCGGCCCUCCCCCGCACUGCUCUUUGUGUGAAAAUUUUAAGUAAGAAUAUAGUUAUACAUAUUAUAAGUAGUCGACACUUUAUAUUAUUACACAUUAUAUAAGUAGGAAAGAAUUAUUUAGCUUUUUUUCUUUUUAAUCACAAUAUUAUUCAAAAUUGUAUGUUUUAUUAUGUAACUUGUUCAUUUAGUGGUGAUGUUGGAUCAAUAAUACUUACGUAUCUAUUGUUUCGGUCGUUUGUCCACGGUAGACUUACUAAUUGGUUGGACUUAAUUAUUUAAUGACUUUUGUUGUAUAUUUUGUUAGGUCAUUGAUUAAUUUGGUCUUUUUGCUUGAACACAAUCAGAUAAAAAGAUGAUGUUAAUAAUGAAUGAUUUUUUUCUUCUAACUUGCUGUUUUAAUUUAGUUAUUCUUCUAUUAAAGUCAUUAAAUUUUCAGGAACAUGA